AUGGAUUACGUCAGACCCUUGGAUCCCCCAGAAGGUGAGGGCUAUCGGAUAGACUUUGUCUCCUCUCCCCAGCAGUCCAAAAGCGGACAGAGGAGGUCCGUCACGAUAAAGAGUCUGGCAAAAGAUCAGACAGAUUGUUGCCUUCUCCUGUGGAUGGACAACAUAUCUGCCGUGAGGUACAUAAAUCGCCUGGGGGGUUCGUGGUCCAAUUGCCUUACAGAGGUGACAAAGGAGAUAUUCGAGUUCUGUCUGUCCUGCAACUUCACGCUGCAAGCGGAGUAUUUGCCGGGGCGAAGACAACCUGAUGGUGGACUGUUUUUUGCGGCAUUAGAGGGAUGGGCUUGGCUGAAUAACUACCUAAAGAACGUUCAUUACAAAGACAGCACCGGCAGCAACAUUUUUUUUGAUGAAAAAGGAGAACUUCCAAUGCCUCGAUUGAGGUGCACAGAAAUGUGUCAUCCAGGAUUCAGAAAAGCACUAAGGGAAGGAUAUCACAUCUGCUGCUAUGACUGUAUCCCAUGUUCAGAAGGAGAAUUUUCCAAUGUAUCAGAGAGUGAAGACUGCUUUAAGUGUCCUGAAAAUGAAUGGCCUGACAAAAAUAAAACCAAGUGUAUUCCAAAGACAAUGGAGUUUCUAUCCUAUGAAACGGAUAUUUUAGCUUUAGUUUUUUGUGUUACCUCUAUAUUCUCAGUUCUAAUUUCUACUUUUAUAGCUGCAAUAUUUUUCUCAUUCCGAGACACCCCCAUUGUUAAAGCAAAUAAUCGGAAUCUGAGCUUUGUCCUCCUGGUCUCCCUCAAACUGAGCUUCCUCUGCGUGUUUUUGUUCAUUGGUCGCCCGUUGGAUAUAACCUGCAUGAUACGUCAUAUUUCAUUUGGAAUGGCCUUUUCUGCAGCACUUUCUUGUGUGUUGGCCAAGACCAUCAUGGUUUGUAUCGCCUUCAAAGCAACAAAACCUGGCAGCACUUGGAGAAAUUGGGUGGGACUGAAGCUGUCCAAUGCUGUUGUCUUGAUCGGCUCCUCUGGUCAGGUUCUGAUCAGUGUUAUUUGGUUGUUACUCUCUCCCCCAUUUCAGGAAUUAGACAUGCACACAUUCACUGGGAAAAUCAUUGUUCAAUGCAAUGAAGGCUCUGUCCUGGCCUUUUUCUGUAUGUUGGGUUACAUGGGGCUUCUGGCAGCUGUGAGUUUUGUUCUAGCUUUCAUGGUACGGACAUUGCCAGACAACUUUAAUGAAGCCAAACACAUCACAUUCAGCAUGCUGGUGUUCUGCAGUGUGUGGGUCUGUGCUAUACCGGCCUAUCUGAGCAGCAAGGGAAAAAACAUGGUGGCUGUAGAAAUAUUUGCUACCUUGGCAUCAAGUAUUGGAAUUGUAAGCUGUAUAUAUCUCCCAAAAUGUUAUUUGAUUCUGUUCAAAGCUGAACUUAACACUAAACAACAUCUUUUAGGUAAAACCUUCUUAUAA